AUGCUUAUUAUGUCUUUUAUGUUUGUUAAGUAUGGAAUAGUGCUGGAUGCAGGAUCCUCAAGAACAACAGUCUACGUUUACCAGUGGCCUGCAGAGAAAGAGAACAAUACUGGAGUGGUGAGCCAGACUUACAAGUGCAAUGUUAAUGGCCUUGGCAUCUCCAGUUAUGCUGCUGAACCUGAAAAGGCUGCUGAGAAUAUAGAUAAUUGUAUGAAGAAAAUAAUAGAUGUAAUACCACAUAAUCAGCAAAACAGCACUCCAGCAUAUUUGGGAGCCACUGCUGGAAUGAGGCUUCUCAGGUUAAAAAAUGAAAGCGCUGCCCAAGGAGUCCUUACCAGUAUUGAGAACUACUUUCAAACCCAACCUUUUGAUUUUAGAGGAGCUCACAUCAUAACGGGUCAGGAGGAAGGCGUGUAUGGAUGGAUCACAGUCAACUACUUAUUGGGAAAUUUCUUGGAGAAAAACAUUUGGAGUACGUGGGUACAUCCUGAUGGUGCGGAGACAACAGGAGCAUUGGAUUUAGGUGGUGCUUCAACGCAGAUAUCUUUUAUUCCAGAGAAGACUGAACAGAACCCAAACAACACAGUGGAAGUGACUCUGUAUGGAUAUAAAUACAAUGUAUACACUCAUAGCUUUCAGUGCUAUGGCAGAGAUGAAUCUGAAAAGCGUCUGCUGGCAUCACUUGCUCAGGGAAUACGUGGGCAAGCCUAUGUUAAUAACCCAUGCUAUCCUCGCAACUACAAAGUGAAUUUAACAAUGAAUCACAUAUUCGGAAGUCUGUGUUCAGCCAAAUACCGGCCAGCCAAUUACAACCCGGAUCAGUUUGUUCGUUUUAAGGGGACAGGAGACCCAGGCCAGUGCCUACACAGGGUGUCCACUUUAUUUAACUUCGCUGCAUGUCAUGGGGAACAAGACUGUUCUUUUGAUGGCAUUUACCAACCCAAUGUAAAAGGAAAAUUUUCGGCUUUUUCUGGAUUUUAUUAUACGGCAAAUGCUUUAAAUCUGACCGGACAUUUCUCAUUAGAGGAAUUCAACUCAAGUAUGUCAUCUUUCUGUUCUCAAGAUUGGAGCAAGCUUCCACAACUGCUUCUAAAGUUUGAUGAAAAAUAUGCAAGGUCCUACUGCUUUUCAGCUAAGUAUAUUUACUAUCUACUGGUUCACGGUUAUAAAUUUGACAGCGAGUCUUGGCCACAGAUUCAGUUUCAGAAAGAGGUUGGGAACAGCAGCAUUGCCUGGUCCUUGGGUUACAUGCUGAGCCUCACCAAUAUGAUCCCUGCAGAGAGACCCUUGAUUCUUCUCCCUUUAAGGCCUUCAGUCUUUGCUGGACUUCUCUUCCUGUUUGCAGCAAUAUCUUUACUUUGUCUGAUAUUUCUUGUGGUACUGUUAUUUCGGGCAUGCUGA